ACUGCUAGCUCCAUCACAGAAGAAAAACAAAUACAGAGGAACAGUCUGAAACACCAAAGUUUUCGUUCCCUAGCUUGCAUGUGUCUCCGGGACAGAAAAUAUAUAUAUAUAUACCACGAUUUGCUCCCUUUCUUCCGAUAAAUCUGUGUCACAAAUUCACGCAAAAUGGGUUGUGCGGAAUCAAAACUCGAUGUUGUCUCGGGAAAAACCAUUUUCCGGCGAAAGAAAUCCAAUCCCAACCCCAAGAAGAGCAAGGACAUAGAAACCAUUCACGAAACAACCAGUACUACCUGCAAAGAUAACACAGAGGACUCGUUGGCAAAAGAACAACAACAACCGGCGCCCCAGAUCAACGAAGAAAACAAGGACUUUGAUGGUGCAGUUCUGACGGAUGCGAAAGACAGCAAUAUUCAUGAAAAUACGGCGGCGAAGGAAGGAGAUCAUCAUGACGGUGAGAAACGAAUUAUAGAUCAAGGGAAGCUGGAAGGUGUCGAUGUUGAAGAGAAAGAAGCAGCUGGGAGAUUGAUAUCCCAUGACUCGCCGAACCAUUACUUCUCGCCGAGGAAAAACGAUAUUGAUCAUCUGGGAAUUUCAAUUGAUGGGAUUAAUAAUGUAUCUGAGGGACGACGGUCUAUAGAGUCGGAUUAUUACUCUCCGAGCCAUGCAGCCGGGAAGGAAGACCAUUUGUUGAGUGAGAAUGUGAAAGCAGAUCAUGACGCCGUACUGGAGGGGAAAGAAUUGGGUGAAGAUAACGAAUUGACGAAAGAAGUGAAGGAAAAUGGAGAGCCCGCGGUAAAGGUGGAGGAAGCGAAAGUGAUUAAGGAUGCCCAACCUAAGACACUAUUAGAUGAAACAAAAGUACUUUCAAACCCUAAUUCAGAUCAUCAGGAUCAGGAAAAUAAGGUGGUUGAUACUCCUACCAAGGAUGAAAUCAGCAAAAAGUGAAGGAAGAAUCAGUAUAAUGUGAAGAUUUUCAUGCGCUUUGUUUGUUUGUUAAUGGUCUGUCUGUCAAGCUUCUUGUUUAAUCUAGGCAGCUGCCGAAAAUUCUUCUUAUAUAUGGAAGACUCGUGAUUUAAAUUUCCAUGUUAAAUGUACAUGUUGUACGAUCCCUGAUCUAUUAUAUAUAUAUAUAUAGAAGUGUUACGAUUACAAAAAUAAA